GAUGUCAUCGGUCAGGUUUUGCCAGACACAACAACAACAGCAUUUGAGUAUGAAGAUGAGGAUGGUGAUCGGAUCACUGUCAGAAGUGAUGAAGAAAUGAAAGCCAUGCUGUCCUAUUAUUACUCCACUGUAAUGGAACAGCAAGUAAAUGGACAGUUAAUAGAGCCUCUUCAGAUAUAUCCAAGAGCCUGCAAGCCUCCUGGGAAACGGAACAUACAUGGCCUGAAGGUAAAUACACGAGCAGGGUCUGCUAAUAAUAGCAGUUCGGCGGUCUCGGAUUCCCUUCCAAGCAAUAGCUUAAAAAAGUCUUCUGCAGAGCUGAAGAAAAUACUUGCAAAUGGCCAGAUGAAUGAACAAGACAUACGGUAUCGAGACAUCCUCGGUCAUGGCAAUGGAGGCACGGUCUACAAGGCAUAUCACGUCCCCAGUGGAAAAAUACUAGCAGUAAAGGUCAUACCCUUAGAUAUAACACUGGAACUCCAGAAGCAGAUAAUGUCAGAGUUAGAAAUUCUUUAUAAGUGUGACUCAUCGUACAUCAUAGGAUUUUAUGGUGCUUUUUUUGUAGAAAACAGAAUUUCGUUGUGUACAGAGUUCAUGGAUGGGGGUUCUUUGGAUGUUUAUAGAAAAAUUCCAGAACAUGUACUCGGAAGGAUAGCAGUAGCUGUUGUGAAAGGCCUUACCUAUUUAUGGAGUCUAAAGAUUUUGCACAGAGAUGUGAAGCCAUCUAACAUGUUGGUGAACACACGAGGCCAGGUGAAGCUGUGUGACUUUGGGGUUAGCACACAGCUGGUGAAUUCUAUAGCCAAGACGUAUGUUGGAACAAAUGCUUAUAUGGCGCCUGAGAGGAUUUCAGGAGAGCAGUAUGGAAUCCAUUCAGAUGUUUGGAGUUUAGGGAUUUCCUUCAUGGAGCUUGCUCUUGGGAGGUUUCCAUAUCCUCAGAUUCAGAAAAACCAGGGAUCUUUAAUGCCUCUCCAGUUAUUGCAGUGCAUUGUUGAUGAGGAAUCGCCCGUCCUUCCAGCCGGGGAGUUCUCUGAGCCAUUUGUACACUUCAUCACUCAAUGCAUGAGAAAGCAACCAAAGGAAAGGCCAGCACCUGAAGAUUUAAUGGGCCACCCCUUCAUCGUGCAGUACAACGACGGGAACGCGGAGGUGGUGUCCAUGUGGGUGUGCAGGAUGCUGGAGGAACGGCGCUCCACCCAGGGGCCACA